GACAGGAGGCCGGACUCCCUGCCUUCAGCUGAGCAGUACGUGAGAGGCGACGACCCAACCGGCAGGACCUGAGGGGGGACACGGGGCGUUAUACAGAGGACCUGAGCUAGAAUACACCCGAAAUCUGUGUGAAUGCUGCUUUAGAGAGCUGCGUUUACACACAAGCUCCUGCUGGUUCUGUACAGGUAUCAAACAAGAUGGCAUCAAGCGACCUAACCAAAGUGGAGAUUUCCGAACCUCCCAAGCAGCUCAGUUCGAGCGUAGAGGCCGUGGAGUUCAUGUCCAGCGUGGAGCCGGAUGAGCUGCGUCUUUGCUUCUUCUCGGAGUCUUUACAGUCCAUCUCGGAGGCCGGUGCCGAGGUCGGCUCGUUCACUGUCAAUGUCCAGCCCGCUUACUAUGAGCAGGACGGACGGGAGGACGAGAAAUGUGUCCUUGUUCACAUCAGCAGCCAUAGCUUAGUGGACGACGUCCCCUGCGGAAGCUCCAUCACUGCUUAUAUCUCCCUACGGCUCGAGACGCUGGAGCAGAACCACCACGAGUUUGUCAAGUUAAAAGGACAUUCACUGGAUAAGAAAACGCACAUGAGGAGACAAGGUGACCAGAUGGUGAUUAACAGAGUCAUUACCGAAGGUCAGCGAGUCCACCAGGAAACGGCGUCCCACGACUGCAGCUCGCUGACUGGGUUGGUUUCAGAGGCGUCAAACCUGCUGAUCAUGCGGCUUCUCGCCAGGAGGAAAACCCCGCAGAACCUGGAUUUUCUGACCCUCGAUGCGGAGAUGAACCUGUGUGUCUCGUCCUAUCGAGAGCUCGGCACCCGACCUCAGCUCAUCGGGAAAGACAUCGUAGACGUUUACGGCCUAGAGCGAGCGAUCCUCUCGGACGAGGUCCCGGUCACCUGGCAGGGCUACUUCCUACCGGACGGACAUCUGAGCAGCCGCGUCCAGGUUGGAUCUCCGGUCACCAUGAGAAUUACGCAGAUGCCGAUACUUUCUGAGCCAGAGGAAGAAGAUCCCAAACCAGUGUUUGAAAAGAAGCCCUUAAACUGGGAGGACGACGCGCAGCUGUACUCACAAUACCUGGAGAGAAAGGAAGAACUGUUGUCAGAUCACGAGACAUACCUGCGGCGACAUCCAGAGAUAAAGGCUCUUCUGGGGGACUUCAUGCAGUUCUUACUCCUCAGGAAGCCGGAGGACGUCAUUACUUUUGCAGCAGAGUUUUUCGGGCCUUUUUCCUCCGCACAAGAGCGAGGCGAGACUUUCCGAUCAUCUGCAAUCUCUAGUCCAUUUCGUGAAGGGACCAAGUAAUCACAGAAAGGAAUUUUACUGCGCAUAGCAAAGAUGUGUGCAUAAGGGCUCAUGCACAAGACCGUGUGCCGCAGACCACAAUUCACAGGCACCAACCGUAGGGGCACUGCAUGCACUACUUUUUUGCGGUGCGGAGACACGAGCAGAAACCCCACAGUAACAGUCCAUAGUGUUUUCAUUCCACACCAGACCUUCCCGAUUGCAAACCCAUUCAAGUGAAAGUUGCAAAAAUGCCCUGGGCCCGUAUAUUGCAGACCCGCUGUUUGCAGUCCACAAUACAGGCCUGGCCGGCACAUGGUUGUGUGCUUGAGCCCUAAAUGACACAAAAAAUAAUGCAGAUUUGAUAUUGGAGACAUUUAAAGGAGCUCUCUAGGCCUACAAAAAUAUGGCUGCUAUCUUCCAAAAACAGCACCACACCUGUCCACAGGUUGUCUGUUGUAUUACAGCUCAGCCCCAUUCACUUCAAUGGAGCUGAUCUAUAGGUAGCGCACACACAAUCUGAUCCAAUAUGGUUUUUGGAACAUAGCAGCCAUCUUUUUGUAGUCCUGAAGAACCCCUUUAAGAAAUGCACAAAGGAUGGAAAUAUACACGUGGUCUUGCCUCCUGUAAAGAAGCCGGGCUUGGACUUUCUCAGCUUGACCAAUAUACAAUAAAAAAAAAGACAUUUUGUAAUUGUGAUCGCCCUUCUUUCCCCAGGUCAGAUAUUUCUUCCUCCUCUUGUUGCAGUGGAGCCACUCUGUCACCCCGGUAUCAGACCCUGCAGUGCACCUUCUGACUGUGGCUCUUCCUGUUAAGGGAUUUUCUAGGAUUAGAAAAACAUUCCUGCUUUAUUCAAAAAGCAGCACCACAGCUGUCCACAGGUUGGUUCUGGCGUUACAGCUCAGUACCAUUUACAUCAGUAGAGCUGAAGUUGCAGUACUAGACAACCCAUGGACGGGCCCGCUGCUGUUUUAGGAACAGAGCAGAAUGUUUUUUUCUAAUCCUUUAAAGCUUCCCAGUGAAUUCGGUGUAAUGUACAAUCGAUGGGCGUGAGAAGCUAAAAACCAGACGUCCAGAGAAAUCACAAGGAUUAAUAGUACUUCCAUAAUAAGUGAAUAUUCACUCAUUAUGGAGGUGCUGGUUCAUUUAUUUUUCUUCCCCAUUGUCACUGCCACUAGGGGGGUGGCUCCCCCGGUGGUGAGAUUGAACCGUGCACCACCAGCCCAUUUAACCAUGUGCUUUUAAUUAGCUUGUACAGCUGUAUUCUACUCAGCCCAUACUGCAGGCUCACA